CGACGCGUCGCCGUCAUACUUGGUGCAUGCCGCCGCCCAUGUCUCGCAGUCUUCCUCUCCCUCUGCAGCCAUGACGGCGCCCCUCCGCAGCACGCCGCACUCGCAGCUGCCCGCCUCGCAGACGGCCCCCGUCGCCGAGUUCCGCUGCCUCUACACGCCCGACGUGCGCAAGAAGCAGAAGAAGUGGCAGGAUGGCUUCCUCAAGUUCCACGCCUUCAAUAGCCGCGUCAUGGUCUACGACCACGCCCGCAACUUCCUUGGCGAUACGUACUACAAGGACCGCGGCGAGCUGCACGAGGGCGACGAGCUGACCCUGGACAAGGGCGUCAUGGUCGAGGUCGCCGAUGCGAUAGGCGUCACCCAGACCGACCUGGCGCCGCUGUUCGAGAAGAAGCCGAGGGAGGGCCUGCCGCCGCCGCCUGCACCCCCGCGACGCUUCCAGCCGCCCUCGCAAGUCGCUCGCCCGCAAGUCGCGCCUGCCUCCACCACUGCACGCGCCACCGCCAAGCAGCCGCGCCACAAGGCGCUGAACACGCUGCUGGGGACCCCCAAGGGGCCGAUUGGGAGGUCUGUGCCCGUCAAGUCGCCAUACGAGGUACGCCAAGAGAAGGAGCGGGAGAAGGAGGACGACUUUGCCGUGGACAGGGCGGCCAAGAGGCCGAAGACAGCCCAUAGCUCUACUAGUUCCGCCAGUCUGCGACUGUCCAGUCCAGUGCAGGAGGACAGCCCUGCGCCAAAGAACAGCCUGCCACUAUGGGCGAAGACGUCAAACGCAAGAACAGCUCGCAAGCCGGCGAGGCCAAUCCCGCAGGGAGCGCCCGUCAUUACCUUGGACGAACUCGAUGCCAUUGCCCACGUUUCCUCAGACGCCUCGCUGCCGAGCACGCCGCCGAGGGUGAAUACCACGACAGCUAGACCACCCGUCACACCUGCACCAGCUGUCAGAUCUGCAGCCGUCGAGAGACCUGUCCUACAAACACCAAGGAUACCCCGUGGGAAGGUGCCUGUGACGAGCGUCAAGGCAUCAGAAACACCUCAAGCUCCCGCACCCACCUCCCCACCAGUCAGCGCCUCGAACAGACUGACCAAUGUCGACUUUGCUGUGCAGCCGACUCCAGUGAAGGAGCCUGUCAGAAGGCCGCCCGAGCAGCCCGAGCCUCCGCUGCCUGUCGAGCCUCCCCAAUCGCCGCCUCUGAUCCCCAAGGCCAAGUCUCUACGGCUGUCUAAGGGCAUAAAGAGAGGUACACUCAUGAUCUGUCAGUCUGCACCACCGCCACGCUCAAGGGAAGUUAGUGAAGCGCGAGCGACGCCUGGCGAAGCAAUUGCACUGAAAUUGAAGCGCAAAGCAACCGUGGACGGCGAGAGAGCAGGGAAACUAGUCAAGACCAGGCAGACAUCGCCUGAGGACGCCCUGGGCAUCUUCAACGAUGACCAGGAAGUGAUGCACGGUCUGAUGGACCAGGUGCUUGCGGUGUCUGGAACACCACCACCACCGCCUGACCAACCCAUACUAGUGCCUGACAGUCCUGAGCUCGUGCCAUUGGAACCUAGACAAGCCAAACCAGCAUCACGCAACGCUCGGAAAGCAACACCACUAAAAGCAAACGAGGCAGCGCCUGCGAAAGCGGGGCCGCCUCCGCCUCGAGUACCUGCGAUUGCAGAGCCGAGGAAACAGUCAGCCUCAAAGACGCAACAGGCUCGCAAGCACUCGCCACCGGCUGCAUUGGUUGCUGAAGCCGUCCAUGUCAAAAGCCGAGCAGGCUCACCAGCUCUGAGUGCUGUUUCCAACUCGCGAUCACGCACCACUUCACUCUCCCCGCAGAAGUCUGUCGCUCUAUCGACAGGCGGCUUUCAAAGGAAGGCCAAGCGCGAAACACUUCAAACAACCCCAGCGCCAGACACGCCUGCAGUCGUCUCUCGCAACGAGAUCGUCGCCCUCCCGCCCCACCCGUUACGCGCCAACAAGAAGGGCCCUGUAAUGACCACCACCGAGCUUGCGGCCAUGCUGCAGAAGCCAAAGAAAAAGGCGAAGGUACCGUUCGAUCCAAUCGAUGACGGAGCAGAAGUAGCAGGCAUGUUGCCCAAUCGCAAGUUCAGACGCGUACGCAGCGUAAAUGACGCCCCGAUCCCGAGCACAAGCGAGGCCUGGGAGAAACGGAAUCUCCCAAAGGCUACAGCCACCUGCAGAGUCACAACGGCCGAGCUGGAGCCUCCCGCAGCCUCACCCCCACCCGUCGUCUUGCGCAAAGAAUCCGGCCUCGCAGCGCUCAUCCGCAAAACAGAUCCGCGCACCAAGUUCGCACGCACCCAGAGCCUGACUGUCGAGACCACCAUGCCACUGCCGCAGGAAACGGAGAGUCUGGUGGUAAGUCCGGUCGUAGAUCGCGAUGUGGGGCCGUGGAGUACGGAUGCUUUUGAUCUUUUCGACUGGCGGCCGCCGGGGAGGGGGGAGGUGCAGACAGGAACGUGACGGUGGGGAGGAGACGACAUUGAUUGUCAUGAGAUCACGACUUACGAUAUACCAUUCGACGUCUUCGCAGAUGUAGAAAUGAACCAUGUCCUCUCUUGC